CAUAUCAAUUUCGGACAAACUUCGGGAAAUGAGGCCGACGUUGGAGUAUUUCUUUUCAGCUUCCCCUUUGGUCCGCGAUCUCCUCAUAUGUCAUGACCGCAUACGAAACAGAUGCUCCAUUCGUACUUGAAUAGCUUCUGAAUCGGUGUUAACUCCACGCCAAUGCGAGCAAAUGGAAUUAUUGCGUCAGUGAGGAUAGAUCAACACACAUUUUCCUUAGCAGCCUCAAAUGCUAUCAUUGGACAGAAAGGUUCAAACGUGCUAGGACAAAAGGUAAAGUACCUUCAGCUUGAUCUAUCUUCCUCCCUUCGCUUUCCUGCGUCCUUGAAAACACCACCUCCGAGUUAUCUACCCAUACAACCUACCGCCAAACACCUACCCGAAUCCUCACCAUGUCCGCACAAAAAUCCCUAGGCAAAUGCUGCAUCUCGGGGUCCGUCCAUGAUGGCACCCCAACCGGUCGCGAAGACACCAUCGGCGGCCUGUCCACGUACAUCGCCGAGCCCAGCGAUAAAUCCACCUCCAAGACAGUCGUAUUUCUAGUCGACAUCUUCGGCUACAAAUUCAAAAACGUCCGCCUUCUCGCAGACAACUAUGCCAAGGCCGGCUUCUACGUCUACAUCCCGGAUGUGCACGAAGGCGAUUCCCUGCCCAUCGAGUUCCUGCAGAGCGUCGAACCACCUCUAAAAGCGAAAGAGGAGGAAGGAUACCUGACCAAAGCGAAAGAGACGGUUGACGUUAUGGCCACGCUUGGCCCGUGGCUAGCCAAACACCGCGAGGGCGUAUCGGAGCCGAUCAUCAGCGGCUUCAUCAACGCGGUGCGACAGAUCCCUGGCACGAACAAGAUCGGCGCCAUCGGCUUCUGCUGGGGUGGCCGGUACGCGAUCCUGCAGGGCCACAAGCGGACAGAGGGCCAGGUCGGCGGCGUGGAUGCAGUGUAUGCUGCUCACCCGUCGCUGCUGUCUAUCCCGGCGGACAUCGAGGCUGUCACGGUCCCGACUAGCGUCGCGGUCGGCGAGAAGGACUCGCUGCUCGACUUGAAGUCGGUGGAACAACUCAAGGAGACGCUCGAGAAGACUGGUGUGCCUUCCGAGGUCAAGAUCUACAAGGAUCAGGUACACGGGUUCGCACUCCGGAGCGACUGGAGCAGCGAUGAGGAUAAGAAGGCCAUGGAUGAUGCCGAGAAGCAGGGUAUUGGGUGGUUCAAGAAGUAUCUCUCAUGAACAUAUCUGAACAGCGCUCUGUACAGCUACUAGAGUGAGGAUGCAAUGAACGAUAAUUCCAUUCUUUAUACGAAACCGUGAAAAUACUCAAUGAUCUUUGGCCGGGGAAUCCUCCUCCUCCUCCUCCUCCUUUUUCACCGCACCAUGAUAUCGCAAGUGAG